GGGGGGGGCGCGGGGUUGGACCGUGCCGGACCCGCACCCCAGGACACUGGGGGUGUCCCCCCCACCCCAACCCGGCUCGGCCGCUCCUGGGGUCACCCCAGUGCAUUGUGGGAAACUCCCCAUCACCACCGCAGGGUGGUGGGAUGCGGCUUGGGGGGUGGGACCCCCCCCCCCCAACCCUGUGCUGGCACGGGGCCAGGCUGGGUGCCCCCAUCCCGGGGCUGGGGAGGGGGGUGUCGGGGGGCACCCUUGGGUGGUGGUGGUGGUGGUGGGGUGCCGGGUGCUGGGCGGCCAGCCCGGGGAGGCAUGAUGUCAGGCGGGGGCGGGAGCUGGCGCAGGUAGAUAAAGCCGGGGAGAACAGGAAUCCCCGGUCCGGCGGGAGGGUGGCGGGACGCGGCGGGCGCCUGCAGAUAAUGCCAUGGAGGGGGGGGCUCAGCAGAGCAGCCUCCAGGAGCCCCCCGGGCCGGGCGGCGCGGAGCAGGAGGGGGUCCCCGGCGAACGGGAUGGGGGCGAGGGGCCGCCCGAGCUCAAGCGCUCCCAGCCCCUCUUCAUCCACGGCAGCAGCCGGCAGCUACCGGAGGAGGAACCGCGCGCCUCGUCGUUGCCCAGCAUCCCCAACCCCUUCCCCGAGCUCUGCAGCCCCUCCAACUCGCCCAUCCUCAGCAGCCCGACCCUGGGGCAGGGACCCCCCCGCGAAGGCGCCUCCCACGUGGUGAAGGUGUUCGGCGAGGACGGCGCGUGCCGCUCGCUGGAGGCGUCGGCGGGGACGACGGCGCGGCAGCUCUGCGAGACGCUGGUGCGGAGGACGCGGGCGCUGCAGGACCACAGCUGGGCCCUGGUCGAGCUGCACCAGCACCUGGCCCUGGAGCGGUGCCUGGAGGACCACGAGUCGGUGGUGGAGGUGCAGAGCUCCUGGCCCCCCGGCGCCGACAGCCGCUUCGUCUUCCGCAAGAACUUCGCCAAGUACGAGCUCUUCAAGAGCAACGCGCAGUCCCUUUUCCCUGAGGUGAUGGUGUCCAGCUGCCUGGAGGCGAACAAGAGCAUGGCACACUCCGAGCUCAUCCAGAAUUUCCUCAACUCCGGGAGCUGCCCCGAGGUCCAGGGCUUCCUGCAGCUGCGGGAGGCCGGGCGCAAGGUCUGGAAGCGUUUCUACUUCUCCCUGCGCCGCUCGGGGCUCUACUACUCCACCAAGGGCACCUCCAAGGACCCCCGGCAUCUCCAGUACUUCGCUGACCUCACCGAGUCCAACAUCUACUACGUGACGCAGGGCAAGAAGCUCUACGGGACACCCACCGAGUUCGGCUUCUGCAUCAAGCCCCACAAGGUGCGGAGCGGCGUGAAGGGCCUGAAGCUGCUCUGCAGCGAGGACGAGCAGAGCCGGAGCUGCUGGAUGGCGGCUUUCCGCCUCUUCAAGUACGGCAUGCAGCUCUACCGCAACUACCAGCAGGCGCAGGCGCGGCUGAGCCAACCCUCCUGGAUCGGCCCCACGCCCCUGCGGAGCGUCUCGGACAACGCGCUGGUGGCCAUGGACUUCUCGGGGUGCACGGGCCGGGUGAUCGAGAACCCCAGCGAGGUGCUGACGGUGGCCCUGGAGGAGGCGCAGGCCUGGAGGAAGACGACGCACCGGUACAGCCUGCCGGCAGCCUGCCAGAGCUCCCCGCUCAGCGCCGCCAUCCACCGCACCCAGCCCUGGUUCCACGGACGCAUCUCCCGGGAGGACACCCAGCAGCUCAUCGGCCGUCAGGGCUUGGUGGACGGCGUCUUCCUGGUGCGGGAGAGCCAGCGCAACCCCAAGGGCUUCGUCCUGUCCCUGUGCCACCUGCAGAGAGUCAAACACUAUCUCAUCCUGCCCAGCGAGGAGGAGGGACGGCUCUACUUCACCAUGGACGACGGGCAGACCCGCUUCGCCGACCUCAUCCAGCUCGUGGAGUUUCACCAGAUCAACCGCGGCAUCCUGCCCUGCAAGCUGCGGCACUACUGCACCUGCGUGGCCCUCUGAGCCCGGCACCACCCCCGCCCGGUGGCAUGACCGGCACGGCAGGGCUCGGCACAGCCUGGCAUGACCGGCACGGCACGGCUCGGCACAGCCCGGCACUGCUGGCAUGGCUCGGCACAGCCCGGCACAGCCCGGCACGGGGUGGCAGGACUGAGGCCAUCUCAGUGCAGCGAGCACGGGGUCAAGGACGGCUCCUCCGCCACCAGCCGCCCACCCUGCGCCCCACUGCCGGCUUCGCCCGCGGGGUCCUGGGGUGCUGGCGGAGCCGGGGCCCCCCCCACACUCAAGCACUUUCUUCCCCUCCAUCCCCCCCCCCGCAGCACCGGCCCCGAGUGUCCCCACGGGCUCCCGGCACUCCGCACC